AACUUGUUCCAACUCUCUUUCUUUGUCUGUAUACUGGAUAGAAGUAGAACCGCGUACAGCGCUGAUGCUAUGAGUCUGUAUAUCAAUGUCCACUUGACACAAGCUAGAAGACCAAGCAACUGUCAAAAGCCACCCACCUGACUCACCACCAAGCUCCUCUCAUUUGAAACUUCAAGCUCGAAACUAAGUAGCCAAACAGAGCAGCACCAUGGACGCCAAGCAAUCGAAACGCCCGAAACCGAAGCUCGAUCGCCGAAACGCCAUGAGGAACAUAGACUACGACGCCUCAACCUCCUCCUCCUCUUCUUCUCCUUCUUCUUCUUCCUUCGGCCAUGGCUCCCCCUCUAUCAGAACUCGCUCUCUGGACCACUCGCCUCUCUCUGACCACCAACCCAGCUUCCGCGUCAGAGGCAUUGAGGGCGAAUUCGACCUCAUCUGCCGCAGCCUUGGGCUUUCCGGCCCCGAAGACUUCUCCAUCCCAAUCGCAGCCUGGGAGGCCCAGCGAGCUCGCUCUUCUUCCUCCCACUUCCCGCCUCGCUCUCGCCUCCGCCAUGAAAGCCCUCAUGAAUUGCCAGACAGAGCGGAAAGCGGCGCCGUUUUGGAGAAAUCCGAAGUUAGGGUUAGGCUCGACAAUGAAAUUAGCGCUUCGAAUGCGGCGAAGUUUGGGGGAAAUGCCAGAAAGGGUGGUGGUGGUGGAGGAAUUAAAGGUCUGCGCCCGCCUCCGAUUGUAUUGAAAUCUUUUUCUCCUCAAAACCAUAUUCGUGUAGCAAAUUCGCCCAUUCGUGUUGGUGAUGUGAGGUAUUCGGAUGAAGAAGAGGACCUUGUAAAUGAAGCAAAUGGUGAGAGGGAAGUGAUAGAUGAAGCGAAUUUUGGAAAGGACAAUGAUUUGUCUGAUGAUUCUUUGUCAUCUGGCUUAUCUCCAUCCAAUAAUCAAAAUGAAAAUGAAAGUGUUGGUUUUGAUGCUACUUCUAGAGCAAAGCUGGAGCCAAUCCAUAGUAUUUUUUCGCCAAACGGGAAAUUCAGACGCAGUGUUUCGUCAUCGUGGCAAAAGGGUCACCGUUUGGGAAGUGGUUCGUAUGGAACUGUGUACGAAGGCUUUACUGAUGAUGGAUUCUUUUUUGCUGUAAAGGAGGUUUCUUUACUAGAUCAAGGAAGCCAUGGCAAGCAGAGCCUUAUCCAACUUGAGCAGGAGAUUUAUCUUUUGAGUCAGUUUGAACAUGACAACAUAGUUCAAUAUCUUGGCACAGACAAGGAUGAAACUAAGCUCUAUAUCUUCCUUGAGCUUGUAACAAAAGGCUCACUCGCAAAUCUCUAUGAAAAGUAUCUGUUGAGGGAUUCUCAAGUCUCUGUGUUCACAAAGCAGAUUUUGAGUGGGUUGACAUAUCUUCAUGAUCGUAAUGUGAUUCACAGGGAUAUCAAAUGUGCUAAUAUAUUGGUGGAUGCGAGUGGAUCUGUGAAACUUGCAGACUUUGGGUUAGCCAAGGCAACCAAAUUCAAUGAUGUGAAAUCCUGCAAAGGGACUGCUUAUUGGAUGGCCCCCGAGGUUGUUAAUCAAAAGAAUCGUGGCUAUGGGCUUGCAGCUGACAUAUGGAGCCUUGGAUGUGCUGUGUUAGAGAUGUUAACCCGUCAGCCUCCAUACUCUCACCUGGAAGGCAUGCAAGCAUUAUUUCAGAUUGGCAGGGGUGAACCUCCUCCAGUUCCUGAUUCACUAUCAACGGAUGCACGAGAUUUCAUUUUCAAAUGUUUACAAGUUAACCCUAAUAAUCGACCUACUGCAGCUCAGCUAUUGAACCAUCCCUUUGUUAAAAGGUCGCCCCAAACUUCCUCUGGCCCUGCUUCUCCUCAUGCAACAGCUUAUGUUCGUGAACACUUUCGCCAACCUUCAGUGCUAUGAUAAGGUAAUAUAGAAACUAAUCUGGCAAGUUUACUACCCUUCUUACAUGCUGACAGCCGUAUCCAUACAUGUCAAGCCAUAUUAGAACAUUAGAUUCCACAAAAGUAUUUUCGGGAGGAGGGGAUAUGCUUCCUAUAUGUUCAUGAAGAUGUGAGAAUGGUCAUUGAUUUACGAAUCAAAGGAAAGCAUCUCCCGGUCCUGUUGUGUAUCUCUGCAUUGUAGCGACUUGCUUGGCCAGGAAAAAAAACAAAAAAACAAAAACAAACAAACUCAUCUAAGGAUCCGAUGCCCACAUUAGUAUUGACUGAACUGGUUGGUCCACAUCUACUGCUGUUGAUUUUCUUCUUAUGCCAGCUUCUGUGAUAAUGAGACGGUUACUGAAUAACAUAAUUGUUGGUGUAUAGGUGUAGCUGCUGUGAUGGAAUUAGAAUAUGAAGGUUCUAUUCUUGUUAGGAAGGCUGCCUUGGAUCAUAGUCCAAGUGUACAGCAGAGAAUGUAAUAGCAUUUUGCCACCUGUCAUUAUCUUAUAGGGUAAUGAUUGAAUGGCUAGAUUUAGUGAUGUAAUAGGGAAUAUCUCCUCCCUAACGGUUUUUGUCAGUGUCAUGAUAUAUACAUGUUUUGGUGCUGGGCUGAUACAGCUAGCAUUCUUCUAAAA